GCUUCGGAUAUUUUUGUUAGAUAAAUUCGAGACAUCAAAAAUGUCUUUUCAACAGGUGUUGUUAUUCCUCACUUUAGCCGUUUUUGCAUCUGUUUUUACCGAAGCGCAUAAAAAGGUGUUUUGUAACGAAAACUUGAUGCAAGAAGUGCAAAGUGUGAUCGACGGUGCUCCUAGCUUGAUUCUAGAUGCAACACUUAAAUGCAUGAGAGCUGGCAGCCCUGAGGAUCGCGAAGCAGAGACGACAGUGAAUUGCAAUGGCAAUAUUAAGACGAUAGGAGUGAAAUAUGUUCUUGGUGUCCAUGAACCAAUGAAGUUUGCCGAAUGCGCUUCCUCUGCUAUAGUAGACUUAGAGGGUUCAAUCUCAGAUGAAGAAAGAAGACGUAUUGAUCAAUUGCAGGUCAGAGCCUUGAAAUUAUACGAAAAAAUUCAUGAGAUGAGAGAUUAAUUUAUCCAGUCUUCUUGAAGAUAAAUCCAGUAAAUCAAGAAACAAUUUAAUAUGUGGAUAAAG